UUUCUGCAAUGGAAGCUGAAACUCAACGGAAAAUCGAGGAGAUGGUGAUGGAUAUACUGAAGAAAUCCAAUAUGGAGGAAACCACUGAGUUCAGCAUCCGAGUCGCUGCCUCAGAGCGCCUCGGCAUCGAUCUCUCGUCCCCGGAGUGUAAGCAACUUGUCAGAACCGUCGUAGAGUCUUAUCUUGUCACCGUCGCUGCCGAAGGGAAACCACCGGAAGAAUCCAGAGAAUUGAUGAAACCGACUAAGAAAAAGGAGGACACGGAAAUGCCUCAAGAAUCCAGAGAAGUGGUCAAACACAAUAAGGAGGACUCGUACCGUGUUAUUUGCCAGCUGUCAAACAGGAGGAAUGUGGUGGUACAAAAUUUCAAAGGGACAACGUUGGUGUCAAUUAGGGAGUUCUAUAAUAAAGAUGGGAAACAGCUUCCCGGCUCUAAAGGGAUAAGUUUAUCUAUUGAACAAUGGUCAACCUUCAAGAAGAGUGUUCCUUCCAUAGAGGAAGCCAUCACAAAGAUGGAAGGAAGGUUAAGAUCAGAGCUUAAUGGUAAGCAAAAUGGAGAUGUGACGAAUUCAGUUGCUGAUGUUGCUCCUGUUGAGCUUGUCCCUAUUGAGAUCAUCCGUUUUGAUGGGAAAGAUUACCAAUUAUGGGCUCAACAGAUGGAAUUACUCUUUAAACAGCUAAAGAUUGAAUAUGUGCUUACUGAAUUAUGCCCAAAUGCUACAUUAGGGGAAGAUGCAACUGCUGAAGAAAUUGCUGGAGCCAAGGCUACAGAAAAGAGAUGGGUGAAUGAUAAUUUAAUGUGUCGUCGCAAUAUCUUGAGCCAUUUAUCUGAUCAUCUUUUCAAUCAGUAUGCAAACAGAAAAAUGAGUGCUAAGGAGUUAUGGGAAGAGUUAAAACUGGUUUAUCUGUAUGAGGAAUUUGGAACCAAGAGAUCUCAAGUGAAAAAGUAUAUUGAAUUUCAGAUGGUUGAUGAGAGAGCAAUUGUUGAGCAAAUCCUGGAAUUCAAUAGCAUUGCAGACUCUGUUGUUGCUAAUGGAAUGUUUAUUGACGAGAACUUUCAUGUUAAUGUCAUCAUUUCAAAGCUUCCACUGUCCUGGAAGGACUUUAGCAUCAAGUUAAUGCGUGAGGAGUAUCUACCUUUAUGGAAGUUAAUGGAAGGUAUAAGGAUAGAGGAAGAGGCUCGGAAUGGUAUCAAACGGGUGGGUGAACCUUCUAAUAGUAUAGUAUUUCACCAAGUCAAUAAAGGUGGACCGAGGUGGGCUGACAAUAAGCCACCGGGGAUGAAUAGGCAUAAGUCAGAAAUGAAUGCCAAGAGCGUAGCCUGUUAUAUUUGUGGCAAGAAGGGGCAUCUUUCUAAAAACUGCUGGAGAAGAUAUGACAAGCAAGCUAAUGAAAGGAAAGCAGAAGAGGAUAUGCGUAUUCCAACAGAAGUUAAUACAGCUGGGGUUAUGGAGUAACUUGCACUAACAAGCUUUGUAUUUUGAAGGUCUUAUUCUUCAGGGUCAGAAUGUAAGAAGCGUUUGGUAGAGGGGUAGGUUUUUCCCUUAGUAAGGUGUAUCCCUGGCAAGACCUGCGCCAGGGCAUAACCAUUAUACAUUUUCCACUUAGGCAGGGUAUGAUUUUUAUUUAUUUAUCUAUUUUUGGGAUGCACGGUAUGGCCCUUGUAUACCUCUAGGUGUUUCUGAAUUACAGAGAUUUAUCAGUUUUUUUUUUUUUUUUUUGUGAUUAA